UCAUAUUUUAAUGAGAAUAAAAUGUUGUUCUAUUUGCAAAGUACAGACCCAAACGAAUACGGGACAGUAAAGCUACAAACAAACUUAGGUCUUCAGAAUGAAGCACUUGCUUUCAGAGUUGUUGACUUCAAUACUAUCGCAACUUUUGUCAUAACAGAUGAAACAGAUUUCAUAGAGAUUGAAAUAGAUGACAAAAGAAGUUUUAUAACAUUUCCUAACAGAGCAGAGUAUAGAAUAGAUAAAAUUGCUGGAGUCAUAGAUACUCUCAUAAAUGAAGAAACUAUUGACAACAUAGAUGUCGAACUCUCUUCUGAGGGAACAUUGAAGUUCAGUAGCAAGAAAGAGUUCAAGAUAAAACGAAUGAGUCAUAGAGUUCAACUUCUUUUGGGAGCAUACCAUAUGACAUUUCCUUUGAAAAGUGUUGACAAAACGAUUGAGAUGAAAUCUGUUCCAUACGUAUGUUAUGGCAAUUGUUUGUACAU